UUAAAGGAAUUCUUUUUCCACCUGUGGAAAUUGAGAACCUCAGCUUAUCAAUGUCAGAGCCAAGACCAGGCAACUCCUCAAUGUCAUGUAGACAGAGAUGUGCAAGUGGCCUCAGGACUACUGGACUUCUGGGGGCAGUCUUUCAGAACUCCAGUUUGGGGCAGGAGGGAGCACAACAGUACCUGGAGCCCACAGCAGCGGACAGCCACAGGGAGGCGCCUGUGAGAGCUGAGGACUGGGCAGACCCCUGCAGAGAGAUGAUGGCGGGGGAUUCCAGUAGGACCUUGUCAAAAGGAAGCUGCCCCCCAGGGCCAGUCCCUGAUGGUGUGAUUCGUCUCUACAGCAUGAGGUUCUGCCCCUACUCACACAGGACACGCCUCGUCCUCAAGGCCAAGGGCAUCAGACAUGAAAUUAUCAACAUUAAUCUGAAAAACAAGCCUGAAUGGUACUAUACAAAACAUCCUUUUGGCCAAGUUCCUGUCCUGGAGAACAACCAGUGUCAACUAAUCUAUGAAUCUGUCAUUGCUUGUGAGUACCUGGAUGACGCCUACCCGGGAAGGAAGCUGUUUCCAUACGACCCUUACGAACGAGCUCGCCAAAAGAUGUUAUUGGAACUAUUCUGUAAGGUCCCACAGCUGACCAAGGACUGUCUGGUGGCUCUGAGAUGCGGGAGAGACUGUACAGAACUGAAAGCCACCCUGCGUCGGGAGUUCUGCAACCUGGAAGAGAUUCUUGAGUAUCAGAACACGUCCUUCUUUGGUGGAAGCCGUAUAUCUAUGGUUGAUUACCUCUUCUGGCCCUGGUUUGAACGGCUGGAUGUAUAUGGACUAUCUGACUGCAUCAAUCACACCCCGAUGCUACAGGUCUGGAUGGCUACCAUGAAACAGGACCCCACAGUCUGUGCUCUGCUCAUCGAUAAGGGCAUUUUCCUGGGCUUCCUGAAUCUCUAUUUCCAGAACAACCCUAAUGCCUUUGACUUUGGGCUAGUUUACUGA